CGUCCACCUACCAUCUCCUGCUCUCCUCACUCUUACCCAACCGAACCAAGCUGCCAAUCGAUCCAACCCCGCCUCUCCCAGACUGAUCAUUCAUCUCGGCCCCUUCUCCGCUGUGAUCCGAUCGCCCACUUGGUUCACCCCCUGAAAGACUCUCUUCAACUCACUCCACACCACACCCUCCCCUUUAGCUUGCUCUCCCCUCGCAACACUCAUCAUGUCCACCGAUAUUCAGGAAAAGAUCGCCGCCGCUCGCCGGGAGGCCGAAACACUCAAGGAGAAAAUCAGAGCCAAACGCGACCAACUGGCUGACACCACCCUCCGGGCCAUGGCUGCUGAAAUCGACCCGCUGCCUCGGAUUCCCAUCAAACCCCGGAGAACCUUGAAGGGUCAUCUGGCCAAGAUCUACGCCAUGCACUGGGCUCAGGACCAACGCCAUCUCGUCUCGGCCUCCCAGGACGGUAAACUGAUCGUCUGGGAUGCUUAUACGACCAACAAGGUUCAUGCUAUCCCGCUGCGUUCCUCCUGGGUCAUGACCUGUGCCUACGCCCCAUCUGGUAACUUCGUUGCCUGCGGUGGUCUCGACAACAUCUGCUCGAUCUACAACCUCCGAUCGAAGGAGGGCUCCGUCCGGGUGGCUCGCGAGCUGAGCGCCCACACCGGCUAUCUAUCCUGCUGCCGAUUUUUGAAUGACCGUCAGAUUCUUACCUCGUCUGGAGACAUGUCUUGUAUGCUUUGGGAUAUCGAGGCAGGCGUUAGAGUGGUCGAGUUCAACGACCACUCAGGUGAUGUCAUGAGUCUCUCGCUCGGCCCAAAUCUGAAUACAUUCGUCUCCGGGGCUUGCGACGCAACUGCCAAGGUUUGGGAUGUUCGGACAGGGAAGGUGGUCCAGUCCUUCGUAGGACACGAAUCCGACAUUAAUGCUGUAUGCUUCUUUCCGAAUGGGGAUGCCUUUGCCACGGGCUCAGAUGACGCUUCUUGCCGACUGUUCGACCUAAGGGCAGACCGGGAACUGAAUCAAUACACACACGACAACGUGCUCUGUGGGAUCACUUCCGUUGCAUUCUCGGCUUCCGGAAGAAUCCUCUUUGCCGGUUACGACGACUUCAACUGUAACGUCUGGGACACGCUGAAGGGCGAGAGAGUCGGCGUUCUAGCUGGUCAUGAGAAUCGUGUCAGCUGUCUCGGAGUCUCAUCAGACGGGAUGGCACUUUGCACAGGUAGCUGGGAUAGCAUGCUCAAGGUCUGGGCAUGAGCACCCAUUAUCAGCCUCUCCGGACUGCAACAUAUUCAAACCCCAUCCACCUUCCAAACCAACUGAAACCAAACAUCAACCCAGAGCAACCCUUAGUCUUUAAUCACCAGCUUGUGCAAUCUAGACAUGUUAAUCAUGGUUAUGACUGUUUUACCACACACUGUCCUUCCAGGCUUUGUCCAGUCACUCCCUCAUUCAUUUCUUCCCUCUGCUCCCUUCCCCUCCUUUACCUUACCACUUGCAAGCACUUGUCUUCAUGAGCUGCAAAUCACUUGGUUGUUCCCUCCCAUCCACCCCCCAUGCACUCCAAGCCUUCCCAUUGAGAGAAAACACCACCACCCUCCCUCUCUAUCUUUGGCUUUUUUUUAUCAUACAAGAAGAACUAAAACCAAACCACAGAUACAAUAAAAAAAAAGAAACCAACAGACCCAUUUCCCAUCUCUAUACCUCCAUGCACUAUGUUAGUUUUCUUUGAAUUGUUUUUGGGAGAUCACUACAAAUUUGUGUUACCUUGGGUUCUUUCUUUGCUGUUUUUUUUUUUGUUGUUGUCCUUUU